GAUUGCAUGUAACAAGAAAAAUUUCUGCCUGUGGUGCGAGAGGCCAUUCUCAAAAAUUGCGAGACAUGUGCAAGCUGUCCACCACAAUGAGCAUGAGGUAGCAAGGGCACUCAGCUUUCCGAAGCGCUCCAGGGAAAGGACAGUGCAGCUAGACCUGAUUCGCACCCGGGGAAACUUUGCCCAUAAUGUCGGGGUUCUCCGUGAGGGCAGCGGAGUCCUCCUACCGUGCAAGCAGCCGUAAGAAGCAACGGCUCCCCAAGAUUUCAUGCACUGUGUAAAAUGUAAAGGGCUAUUCUCCAGGAAGCACCUGUGGCGCCAUGUGAAGAGGUGCCUGCUCCGCAAAAGUGACAGCCCCAAACCUGGAAGAACCAGGGUGCAGGGUCUCUUCACUUACGCCACACCUCUCCCGAAGGAUGUUGGCACCGGCCUCUGGAAGUUGCUGAGCGAAAUGAAUUACGAUGAUGUGGUACCGGUAAUCAAAGGGGACCGCUGUAUUAUGCAGUUCGGUCAGCACCUCUACAACCGUCUGGGGUCUGAUGUCAGCAAGCAUGAUUACAUCCGUCAGAAGCUCAGAGAGGUGGGGCGGCUUCUGCUGAAGGCGAUGAAGGUCACACCGUUGCGGUGUAUGGAAGAUUUCAUUUGCCCACCGAAUUUCCUGCAAGUGGUGCAUGCUGUGAGGAGCCUGGCCGGUUACGAUGACCGCACCAAUACAUAUAAAAUACCCUCGUUGGCUCUGAAGGUGGGACACAGCUUGCAGAAGAUUUCUGCUAUGGUGGAGUGUCAGGCACUGAUGGAGGGCAGUGCCCUGACAGUGGAGCGUGCCCGAAACUUUCGGAAAAUUUAUGAGGCGAGGUGGAGCGAGCUCAUCUCCACUGCUGCCCUGAAGGCACUUCGAGAGAUAAAAUGGAAUGCACAGCUGCUUCUGCCCUUCACUGAUGAUGUUAAGCACUUGAACCUGUACCUCCUUGACCGUCAGCGAGAGUACAUUGAUGAGUUGUCCGCCCACCCUUCCAAAAAGCAGUGGUCCAUGUUGGCCAAAGUUACCCUCACGCAGCUGAUUCUCUUCAACCGCAGGAGAGAAGGUGAGGUUUCCAAGAUGCGGCUCUCCUCCUUCGAUUUACGGCACACAGCCGAUUUGCAGGGUGAUGUGGCCCAGGCCCUGUCAGAGCUGGAGAAGGCACUCUGUCGUCACUUCUCCCGUAUUGAGAUUCUUGGGAAAAGAGGCAGGAAAGUCCCUGUCCUGUUAUCCCCAAGCAUGCAGAAAGCGAUGGAGCUCCUCACAGAGAAGCGGACAGAAUGUGGUGUGACCCCACACUAAAUCUACAUGUUUGCUAGGCCAACAUCCAUGUCCCAUUAUAGGGGAUCCGACUGCAUACGUCUCUACGCCCGGGAGUGUGGGGCCAAGCACCCCGAAGCAUUAUCUUCCACCCGCCUAUGGAAGCGUGUGGCUACACUUUCCAGGGUCCUCAACCUGAGCGAUACAGAGAUGGAUCAGCUUGCUGAUUUCCUUGGACAUGAUAUCCGGGUGCAUCGGCAUUAUUACCGCCUCCCGGAGGGUACCCUUCAACUGGCCAAGUUGAGCAAGCUCUUUCUGGCUCUCGAGCAAGGGAGAAUGGCUGAAUUCAGGGGCCACAGUCUGGAAGAGAUCUCCAUUGAUCCAAACGGUAGGAAUCACUUGACAGUGUGGCUCCAGGGACUGACUGUCUAAGUGGGCUGGUGUGAUCGGUUUCCCUGUCCUUCUCUAUCCACAGAGCUGAUCCAGGUGGUGAGCGAUGACUCUGGGGAUGAGCCAGAGAGUCAAGAUACCGAGGUUCCCAUGGGGCACAUGGGAAUAGAAGCCGGCAGCGUGGUGUUGGCGGCGGAUGGAGGUGCAGCUAAAGGUGAUGGAAGGGGUGCCAAGCGCAAUCCGUGGACCCCAUCAGAAGUGAAAGCUGUUGAACGUCACAUGAUUCGGUUCAUUCGCUCAUUCAAGGUGUCGGGCAAGAAUGACUGUGAUGCGUGCCUAAGGGCAGAACGACAAGCGCUGAAGGCUCGGAACUGGCUCUCGGUUAAGUUUUACAUUAAGAACCGAAUUACUGCUGAAAUGAGAAAGUCCCUUUCCUGAAUAAAAUGU